AUCAUUGACCUAUGUACAUUCUUUAAAAAAAUUUGUGCACGGUCAUUGGAUGUUAACGACAUGAGAAAUGCCAGAACAUAAGUGGUGAAGAUCUUAUGCAAUCUUGAGUUGAUAUAUCCUCCAGCAUUUUUUGACAUAAUGAUUCAUCUUAUUCUUCAUUUACCUGAUGAAGCCAUUCUUGGAGGGCCUGUACACAUGAGAUGGAUGUAUCCUUUUGAAAGAUAUAUGAAAAAACUUAAAAAUAAUGUCAGAAACAAAGCCAAACUAGAAGGUUCAAUAGCAGAGGGUUACGUUGCAGACGAAGCUUUGACAUUUUGCUCUAUGUAUCUUGAGGGUAUGCAAACUAAAUUCAACCGUGCUGAUAGAAAUGAUGAUCCCGGCCUUCCAAAAAGGCAAUUUUCUGUCUUCUCAUCACAAUGUCGAACAAUGUCGGCUAAGAAAAUCGCUGAACUUUGUAACGAGGCCAAAAAAUCAUUGCAUUGGUUUGUAGUAAACAAUUGCGAUGAGGAUGAGAUGAGAAGCUACAAAUCUGAAUUCAAAUUAGAAUUGCCUGAAAGUGAUUUCAAAAAGGAAUUUCCUUCAUGGUUCAAAGAAAAGGUAAGUAUGUUAUAUAUUUAUAAUGUAAAACUAAGUUAUUACUUAAACAUAUAAUCUUAUAUUUCCUUACAGAUUU